AUGGCGGCGCCAGGCUUACGUCAUCCUGGGCCUUCCCGUCUUUUACUCUCUGCAAUUCUGGGAGUUCUAGUCAUUUGUGCGUGCUUAAUGCUCAAGGGGAGUUCACAUGAAAGACAAAGAGCGAACUCAGCCCGUAUGCGCUCGCUGCCAUCACGUUUUGUGGAGUUGCAAGAAGGAUUGCAGGAUUCUAUGACUAAACACAUGCACUUUCCAGGAGCAGUCCAGCAGGACGAUGAUAGUGAUAUUUCCCGGCAGAAGAAUGAAUUAGCUAAGCAAGAAUCAAAGCACAUGGCAGAACGCGAGGCAGCAAUGGAGAAAGCGUUGCAUUUGAUGGAGGGCAUCUCUCCAGAAGGGGAGGCGUAUUUCGACAAGAUCGGCACGUUAGCACAGAAAUACGAUGGGUCUUUGGGAUACGAAAGCCUGUUGAACAUGUCAAAAGAGCUGGAGGAGAACAGAACGAUAUCUUGGAACCAUUUGCUUUCAGUGCAGAAGAAUCGCUCGACUUUCUUUCCCCUCAUAGAUAGAGGCAUAGAGAUUCACAUCGGCUCCCCAGCACAGUCGAACAUCCGUUCUUCGAGUGGCUUGUCGUUGGCAGACAGUCGUAACUUACAAUCGUUGCCUUCAAGUAGCUCAGCCUUGAAGGUGGGGCAGAAGGCGGUCGCUAUCAAAUCCUUUUUGUUCUCGCAGGGGGGGAUGAUUCCUGUGAAGGAGGGGGAGGCAGUUACCGUUCUCGAAGUCGACGAUAAGAUGGGGGUCGACAAAGUUCUGACAGGACAAGGAAAGGUGGGCUGGUUUCCUCAGACUGACUUGCGAGGUCAAACAGAGACGAAAGGACCAUCAUUUUCGCGCAACACUGUGGAGUCUUCGAGGAAUUCUGAUGUAGUGGCAUCUGCGAUAGCAGAAGGAAAUCAAAGAUACGCAGAAGCGAGGGAGAGAGAAAUCGCCAUGUCGAAGGAGAAGAGGAAAACUCGUGCAAUGAUUAGAUCGAGUUCAGAUAGCAAGAUGCUAGAUGCUUCUGCUAGUCAUGGGGAAAGUGAUAACGAGCAGGUACAGCCUCCGUCAGUUGUUCAAAAUGCGAUUAGAGAAGCGAACGAUCGCUAUCGGAGUGCCAAGAAACAGGAGGUGGAGCGAUCGCUUCAGCUAGAAAAGCUCCGCAAAAAGCAACGAUCUCUUGUGAAGGAAAUUCACGAGCAAGAGAAGCUCAUUGACAUGGCUAAGCAAGCUCGUGAAGAAGCAGAUGCUCAGGACGAUGAAGAGAAGGGAAGCCCGGACGCUGUCAAACCAGCCAGCUCCCUUCCAGCUGCUUCAGCUGUCAAAUCAACCAGCUCGUCGUCCGCUGCCUCAGAUGAGCAGGAUGACGACUUGACUAUCGUCAAAAGCGACGACGCGGUUCUUGCGGGCCUGAGGAAGGCGCAGAAGUCCUACGUGUCUGCCAAGGUGAAGGAGGAAGAGAAGAGUCUGCUUGAGCGAAUCAAGCGAGCGGAUGCGAGAAGCUCACUGAGCAAGGAGAGAGAAGUGGAGAGGAAGGUGAGGGAUCAGAGGAUGAAGAUCUCUAAAGAGGAGGAUGAAGACAAGCAUGCGGCCGUCAAUGCCAACCUGAAGAGGCACGUGGAUGCGAUCGGGUCUGCCUUUAAGAGCGAGGAAGACUACUUCCUGCAGGCUCACAAGAAGGAAAUUCACAACCUGGCUAUGGAGAGGAUGAGAAAAGCGAGUCACAUGCUAGCGUUGCCGCGAGGAGGCAUGACAACGGAGAGGAAGGGACUGACUCAAUCGCCAAUGUCGAAGAGCUUGGUCACGAAGUCGACAAGCAGAUGGAGGAAGGAGCAGGAGCUGGAGCUGGAGACGAGGAGGGCAGAGGAAGAGGCUGUCAGAGCUGCGGAUAAGAUGUUCAACCGACACAUGAAACCGCUGGAACAUGUGGAGAGAGGAUACGAGAACUACGAGCAUGAGCUGGAAAGGAGGGAGAUCAACAAUGAUAAGGUCCGAGGCAAGAAGUAAGGAGAAAGAAGUUGGUGUCACCUUGUAUGUUAUCAUGUAAGAAAUUAUUUUGACAUCUCAUGUACAAGCUCCUUUCAAUGAAGAUAAUCUUCAAG